AUGACGAAAAUACUCCAACCCUCGCCCUUGGGGUGGGACAGACUGAAGGAACACUGGUGGCAGUUUGUCUUUAUUGGUAUUUUAAUCGGCAGCGUGGCUAUUGGAUGCAUAUAUCUCCUCUAUGCUGGGGUAAAACGGCUGCGCCAGUACCGAAAGACCAAGUCCCGUUUGGAGACGCUGUCGCCCAAAGUUUCUCAACGGCUUGAUCGCUUCUCCACUCGAGAGCUCGUCUUGACCAACUCGAACGUGCCAGAAAAGAAGCCAUCUUCUUUUGGUGUCUAUCUUGGAGAUUUUGGCGCAUACCCGGACGAGUCUCAGAUUCGCCUUCUCACGCAAUGGGACCUUCUCAUCGUGGACCCCUUCCGGCCUGGAACCCUUCAAGCACUCACUCAUGCGCGAGGAAAGCAAGUGUUGGGGAGAGUCGACCUCGAUCGCCUCAUCGCCUCCGACGAGUCGACUCUGCUCGCCAUCGAGAAGCUGGAAAAUAUGCUCGCCGAGUCGUUCGAUGAAACCAUGCUCACCGGCAUUCUCUUGGUGAACUGGGAGGACAAGUUUACGUCGCCCAUUCGCGCCAAAUUGUUCCAGGCGAUUCGUCAGGUAGGACUGGUACUGUACUUGGAAACAGCUCCUCCGGAUUUCUUGCAAGACCACAAGGCGCUGCAGGUGGACGCCGUCUCUGGAGUGGUCAUCAGGAAUGCCAGCAUCCUCCCUGAAGGCCAGAAGCGGGACUAUUUCCAGAUGCAACAAAUGCAGCCCACCAUCAAGGCCUUUGUGUCCGAGUCGUGCAUGCGGGAUUUCGUGGUGUUGGCUUGGGAAACCAUCGAGGAUGACGCUGAACUGUCGAACGCUGUUGUCCAAAGAUCUUUGCAAUGGUGCAACUUUUACAGCGCAAUUCCAUGGAUCGGCCGCAGAUCUGCCCUGGAGGAUGCUGCGCUCAACACCAAAGUUAUCGAGCCUCUGUCAUCGUUCGGCUGGCUGAAGGAUGCCGACAUUAUGAAGGCGCAUGAUCGCUGGCGAUCCAACAUGCACAUCGAGGAUGAAGACCUCGACCGUGAGGCCUGGGACACACUCAUGCCAUUCUUUCCCGCUCUGCAAGAUGUCCUCGAAUCUUCCGAGCACUACCAGGAAGUCGGAGACAAGCUCUCGGUUGCGAUCCGUGACCCUCCCGAGUGGGUUGCGCAGGUGAAAUCGCAGGGUAGUCCGUUGUCCAUUUCCAUGGCCGGUGUUGAAUACAAUUCGUUCGGAUGUUUUCCCCUGGGCUCAGAGGCGACACCAGUUGCGUUUGCCGAGAUCCUCCAGUCCCAACAACGACUGAAGACGCUUGGGCUUUUGCAUCCUGUUCCGUCAACGAAGGUCCAAAGCAUCGGUCUGCUGCUCAAGAAGUUCCACGAAACGUUCGUUCUCUCGCAUUGGACGGGCUCGGACCAGCUGGCCGCCUGCGUGAAGGAGCUUUCCAAUCUCGCUUUCAACGAUGGCCUCCGAGUCUACCUUGGCUUGGACUCCGGCUUGCGCAAGAGUGCCGAUGCCCGCUUCUGGGCUGUCUACCAGUUGGACGCGGACGGACUCGAAGUCUACGCUUCCAAGAACGCACAGGGCCUCGCAGGCACUGUACUGCACACAUUCUUGUCUGCAAAGGGUCACCCGCGACAUGUUUGCUUCGAAGCAGAGAUAGCCUUGGCUGAAUGGUCCAAGGACACGGCGGAGGGAACGAAUCUCCCAAGACGACUCGUUCAGGACAUCGAUCUGUUGAGCCCGGAGGAGCGAUUGCUCCUGCUGCAGCAUCUGACCUUGACAGACGCAAAGAGCGACAUCUCGGAGACCAUCUGCCAAUACAUUCGGAGACAGCUGAUUGACGCUCCGUCACUGGCGCAGCUCAAGGAACUGAACACAACUUCUUACCUCGACGGAUCCGUCUCGGAUGAGGAAUUGGUGACCUCUCGUGUGAAAUGGUACCGUGAACAGGGUCGUGAACACCCUUCGGUAUCAACGUGCCUGGCCUUAUUUCGAGAGACGGACCGCAUGUUCACUCAAAUUCUCCGAGAGCGCCGGGAAGGUGACCUGGCCCUCAUAUCCAACGCCAUCUGCCAGUUGCUGGGGAACCAGAACAUAGAUGCCUACGUCGAUAUCAUGGCCUUGUCGCUCUUCUGUUCUGCCAGAAAAGGUGCCCUCGAUGAGAUCUAUGCCGAAGUGACCGACCGAAACCCGCUGUUCAACUACCAGUCCGACCAGGCGGCUGCUUUUGCCGAGUCCUUCGCCCUUGGAUCGCGUUGCGAGGCCUACUUUGAUGUCAACCCCAGCGCCUUUGGAAAGCUGUUAUCUGAUCGGUUCCGAAAGGAAUACAACGACGAGAGGCUUCCGGACUGGGUCAACGGUGCUCCGCAGAUGGCCACGGCAUACGGUGGUGCGCAGAUCGAUGUCAACCCGGACGACAAGGUCAAAGCGAUGCGUGGGUACCAGCGAUUUACUUUCCUCAGUGUCUUUGCGCUGCCGGCCUUGAUCGAUAUCAUCCUUCUGACCAUCAUCGGCCGUGGUUUGUAUCUGUCGGCCUUCAUGACGGACGACGAGCAGACGAGCGCUACGACAGCGUUGAUGAUCUCGCUGAUAUUAUCUGGUGCAAUUGGUACAUGGAUUGCCUGUGUAGGACCUUACUAUCUCAUCUCGAUGGCCUUUGCGGCAGCCAAUAUGUUUGUCCUAAUCAGACUCAUCGCUGGCUUCGCGUUCACGAUUGCUGGCGGCUUGAUCGGAUUCAUCGCCAUCUCCAGCGUCAAGGGACCGCGUGCAGGCAUCAUCUUCUAUCUUUACCUCGUCGGCAUGACCAUCUACUUCACUUCAUUUGCCUGCCUCGCCAGCUUUAGCUACCCUGGAUCGACCUUCUUGUCCGGUCGGAAAGUUAUUUUUGCAUGCAUUCCGAUCCUGUUCCUGUCUCCCAUCAUUACGACUUUCUCGGGCAACGACUCUGCCGUCUAUGUCGCCGUGCUCUACUUCUUCAUUGGAUGCUUGCUUCUCGGGCUGCGCUCCAUCGCUUCCAAAUGGGUCACCUGGUACCAGAAUAUCAGGAGGACCGACGAUACAGAAAUCCGGAAGUGGUAUAUCGCCAGCCAUGGAAACAACGAUGAGAAGGUCUUUGGCGGAUUGAGCGACCCGGCCGUCCUGAAGCUAUCCCGGGAGGCGCUACUCAAGGAUGUUCUGGCUGAAACGAACCGACGAAUGUUCUCCAAGCCGACGCAGGACACUCUGGUCCUUGAGCUUGCUCGGGACUGGGAGUCAACCAAUUUCCUACUCGACUGGUAUUGCAGAUACGCCGACGUUUCCAAGCCGAUCCCCUUCAGCUCCUCCUGGAACAUUCAGACAAAGGUUGCUCUAGACGUCCUACGCAAUUCGCAAAAGGGCAUUCGUCUGCACAACGCUUUCAUCCACUGGCGCCAGUCCAGCAGAGAAAUUGGCUGCGGAGUUCUGUACUUCAUUCUUGCACUGCUGGACAAAUGGGUCGAAUUGCUCUGUGGCGAACCUGUCCAAGGUUUCUUGGGUAGCGCAAUCAGGCGUGCUAAUAUCAAUACCGAGGACUACCGAAUGUCUGUUGGUUUCGGACUGGCUUACUACCUCAUCGGGGCCGUCCUCAUCGACACCAAGGCGCAGGAACUUCAUGAUCUCAUUGGGAAGCGUACCGCUGUCGCUGUUGGUUCUGCCAAAGACAUACGUCCUUCCCAGAAGGCUGAUGUGCGGUUCAAGAGAAAGGUGUAUUGGAAGACCCUGUUCAAGUUUCUGAUGUGGCAUGUCUGGAGUCUUGCUUUUGCGACAGCUCUUGCCUGGACCUUCCAACCGAAAUUGGUGGCCAUGAAGAUGUUCUUCGCGUAUGUACUGGCAUACACCGGGCUCCUUUGGUACCAGUAUACGAAGAUCUUCUCGGGCCCUCACGCCUUGAAGCCUCUCCUCAUCGGUGCUCUUGUCGGAUUACCGGUGGGAAUCGCCUUGAAGCGCUGCGUUAAGGACUUCCCCUACGCGCAAGUUAUCGGACUGGCAUCGGCCACCUGGACGGUUGCGAUUUUGUCACUCUUCACCGCGAAGAUGGGCAUGCCCAAAAAGGUCGAUUCGCCGGUCGAACUUGGCAAGACGUUCCACGCGUACACUGCUCCGUGGGCCGACCCUGAAUGGUCCCAGCAGGAACUCCAGACCUUCUUCGAAGGGAUCUCGUUGAUUCCAUAUGACGCCCGAUUGAAGCUGACGCCUGGAUCUCACCCCGGUGCAGAGGUCAAGAACAUCCUCCUGUCGCGCAAGAAGGAGCCGAGAAUCGAAGAAGCGUUCUUGAAGUCGCAGGAGAUCGUCGACACCGCCCUGGCCUCCUGGGAAAAGGGCGAUAUUGCUCUUGAGCUUGUGCCCCUAGGCUCUCUUGGGCCGAGCAUUCACGCCUUGAGCUGCAGCACGUCGGACCAGCUGAAGAUUGCUGUGUGUGUGGGACGAGGCCUGGAUGAGCGUAUUGAUGUCAGUGCCAACUGCCAGGUGAUUGCGGAGACUCUCCUGCACGCAGUGUCAGAGUCUUUGCUUCGCAUGCCCCACGAGUAUGCGGUCCUUGCGGAAUCCCUUGUCACCGCAGGCGUGACCGAGACCACCGCUCGGCAGCUUCGCGAAGAGCUCAACACCCCCCGUCGUUAUCGCUGCCUCGGUCAGCCCUGUCGGGUGUCGGACAGUGACUGGAAGUGGCUGCGGAACAGCCUUUGUCAGUUCGACACGACGGACCUCCGAGUGCAUGUCGCCCGAAGCAACCUGGGAGCCGCCACCGCUGUCAGUGUUCUGGACUAUGCGCAUUUCGGAACCGGAGAGGCCGCCGUGGUCAAGGAUGCCGAAACCCCGACGUACAUUCCAUAUAUCCGCAAGUUGCCCCCUAUCGUCCUCUCGCUCUUCCAGCACCCGGUCAGCUAUAUCUACUAUACCCUUGCGUCGGUCGUCAAAUUCAUCAUUGUGGCUCUGGUCGCUGAUCCAGAGUUCCAACGUGAGUUUAACCAUGUCAUGAGCCAUCGCCAUCCUGUGGUGCGAGUUCCUGUAGUGUUCAUCUUGAACAUGGUCUGGUCUUACGCCAAACUGGUCCAAGACAUUGGGCUGUCGUUCUUCCUGUUCCAUGGUCGGUCGAACGUGAAGCGGCUGUGGAAUGAGACCAAGGGGAUGACGAUCAGCAUCAAGAAGAGCAGGUUCAUGGUUCAAGGCCUCGACGGGACGUUUACUGCGUUCAGACACAAUGAACCUGACGGUGGGUUCAAAGUGUAUUACUACGCUGGAGAGCACAAGUCCGAGCCUGAAGGCACCAAGAACCUCAAAUACUCGAGCACCUAUUCCAAGGAUGCACUUCUCCUGAUCCGCCAGGAGUUCAAGGACGGCAAGCUGCUCAACGAGUACCAUUACGACUAUCGCACUCCCACCAAGAAGAACUUCAAGCUGUCCAAGUCGUACGAAACAAAGGUGCCCAUGGGACGGCGGUGCGUUCGAGGUCAGAACCACCUGCAAAGCGUCCAGUACAAUCGCAAGGGUCUUAUCGAGGCUGGUUCCUACAUGAAGGAUGGCAACCUCAUCCGCUUCAAGUAUCACUAUCGCAAGAACCCGUCCUUUGGAGAUGAGCUGUUACGCGCCGAGUUUGCGCUGUCGCAUAUCACCUGUACUGUCUCCUGGUGCGCGCCGCCUCUCCGCCAUCCUCAGAAGGUGGAGCGCUGGAUUCCUCAUUCAAAGGUCAUGGAGGCGACGUUCGUCCAAGGAGCUGAUGUCUACGAGUCCCGUUGGCUUUACGAUCAUAAGUUCCAUCCCACCAUCUUCACCACGCUCAAUGGGCAGAAGGUGCAGACCCCACCUAUGAUCGAGCACGACUACCUGGCAGUUCUUGCGAAACCGAGAUAUACAAGCUUCGUUCAUGACAAUCCCCUCUUCUAUUGCGACAGCCUCAACUCCAACCCGCUCACUCGGUUCUUCGGCCUCGCCACGAAGCGGUUCCCCGUGUCUACGUCCCGUGCUCGUUCGCUGAUCUGGAAGGCGUGGAAGGAACGUGCGGACUUUGAUGGUAUCAUUGUGCGAUGGAUGGAUGAUCGUCUCCUCCGACGAGAGAAGACCCUCGCCCCGUACUGGCGCAGCCGUGACCGUGGCGAUCUAACGUCUGCGAAGAAGUAUCUGGAUCUCCGCGCAGAUACCGUCACCGCGAGUGUCGAUCUUGACGACGAUAUCUCCAGUUGGACCCCUCUCGCGGUGAAGAUUAGUGAUCUCUUCAACUUUGGCCCGGGAGGUGACGCCGUGGUCAAUACUCGCUCCAAGGACUUCGGCUCCGAUACCGAAAAGUCGCUCCAUGUCAUGGCGGCUAUUGGGGCAGCCAACGACUUCGGUGUACCCAAGCAUCAGACCGAGCAGAACAUCCUGUCGUUGAAGCUCAUUCCGCUCUGGGGCUUGGACUUCCUCACGCCCACCCACGGUCUCUUCCGGAACAAGCUUGACUCGGAAGUUGAGAACGUCACCUCAGCCAGCGACCUCGACAUCAAGCUGAACUUCAUCCCUAUCCUGACGGCGUUGGUGAAGGGUGCGCGAGCCGUGACCCUCUCCAGGGCCGAUAUCCAACAAGCAACAAGAGCCCUGGUCAACCUGAACACAUACUUCCAGGACUCGCGGCAUUGGACUCAAAUCUGGAACAGUGAUAUCGUGAAGGAGAGCUGGCGAGACCUCUGGCUCACCCAGGAAAUGCCCAACGCGUUGCCCUCGUCGCAAUGGUUCCAUACAGAGCUUCCUACCCUGGGCACCCUUGACAUUGCUCUCGAGCUCUGGUACCGCUACCUGUUCAUCUUCUCCAUCCCGAUUCCCGAGAAAAUCCCCAGCGUAUUCCAGGCCUCCCAUCACAGUGUCAGCGCCUCGUACGGUGUCGUCUGCAAGGUGAAGCGAGGCUGCACGCUGCAGAUCUGGGAUCAUGCCAUCAGUUGGCGUGAAACCAACCUCUGUCUGUCGUCCGCACUCUGCAAGCUGUCGCCCUUCGUGCGAAACUGUCUCCUGGGACUGAUGCGUAUCACCUCCGCCCUGACUCUACACCACGCGGACAUCAUCCUCCCCUGCGCCGACUUCUUCAAUCCCGGCUGGGAAGUCGAAAUCGGUACGUGCCAGGGCACUAUCGAGCACCGCAAUGUCUUCCGCCGCAAGGUCGACCCCGUCGUCAACGGUAUCACCGACAUGCAGAAGUUCGCCCCUGUCAAGGAGAUCAAGUCCCAACGGCCUACCGUCACCAUGCUGUCCCACGUGUGGUACGCCAAAGACAUCAAGACGGCGCUCCUCGCGGCCGACAUCAUCAUCAACCAGUGGAAAUUCGACGACUACCACCUGGACAUCUACGGCGCCAUCGACAAGGCCCCGACCUACUCCACCGAAUGCCAGGAGAUCAUCGCCUCCAAGGGCCUCCGCGGCAAGGUCACGCUCCGCGGCACAGCAGAUCCCAUGAAGGUCCUCGAGAACACCUGGCUGUUCCUCAACUCGUCCCUGUCGGAAGGCCUGCCCCUGGCCCUGGGCGAGGCCGCGCUGACCGGCGCGCCGGUCGUCUGCACCGACGUGGGCGCCUCGCUCCGCGUGCUCAGCGACCCGGAUGACUUCUCCCGCUUCAGCGCCGUCGUCGCGCCCAACGACGCCCUUGCCCUCGCAAAGGCGCAGAUCUCCAUGCUCGGCCUCCUCGGCGAAUGGAGCCAGUACGCCGAAGACACUGAGCCCGCUCCCGUGCUCACCUCCUCCCCCACGCCCGACGACGUCGCCCGCAUCACCCGCCGCAUGUACGAGAAGAGCGAGCACCGGCGCAAGCUCGGCAUGAUGACCCGCCGCAUCGUCCAAAAGUCCUUCUCCGGCGACCGCUACCUCCGCGAGCACGAGCAGAUGCUCUGGAUCGGCAAGUCCGCCAAGAUCAUGUCCUCUCGCCUCGCCGGCACCGUCACCGAGCCCGCCGACAUCGCCACCGCCGUCCAGCAGGCCCUCCCCAUCGAGGAGGAGGUCAUCACCAUCCCCCGCAGCGCCGUCCACUCCUGGCGCUCCUCCGCCGUCUCCGGCGUGUCUACUCUCUACAGCUCCAUCUCCAACUUCCCCAUGCUCGGCCCCGCCGCCGGCGGGAACCAGCACCGCGCCUCCUCUAUCCGCUCCGGCUUCAGCGGCGCCUCCACCGACACGGACUCCUUCCUGCCGCUCCCCAGCAACGCCUCCCUGCCCAUCUUUGCCCCGCGCCAGACCCUUUCCUACUCGGCGGUCCCGAGUGGUCGCAUGUCGCCAAGUGGCAGGAUGUCCCCGUCCGGAAGGCUGUCGCCGCUGCCGCGCCGCAGUGGACAUCACUCGCGCACGGGGUCGCUCUCCACAGCUGGGCGUGAGCAGGUGCGCGGCCUGCAACGCGAGGAUCUGCACCAGUACCGCAAUUCGGAUGUUAGCACGAUUAUGCGCGAUGAGUUCUUGCAGUCGAGUGUGUUCCGGGGUAUUGAAGAAAACGGGAACUAA